UUUCUGGGUCACACUGAUCGAACACAUUACGUGCAAGCUAACAUACACUAAUCACAAAAGGCUAUUGGGCUUUCGGGUGAAAUUUCAGGAUGAACCUAAAAUGCAUUAUAACCCUACAGGCAAACCUAAUUUGUCCUCUAAAAUUUUGAAUGCACGUCCAACGAUUCACUGUUUCAGUACUUUUUUCAUGAAUUACUGCUCUCAAACAAUCAGCUGAACUGCAGAAUUCACGUGUUUGAUCCACGAAUCCACCAAUACAUUUCUAAGGACCUCCAUGUCUAUGCCUUUCUGUGGCACUUCCAGUCCCUCCCUUUGUUGCAAGCUGCUGAUGACAUCCAGUGACACUCUCAGCUCAGUGGCCACUGAGCUGAGAACAUCCUGUUUGAAGCCUUGCAAUUGCAAGGUACCACGGAUCAAUUGUUAUGUGUCAUCUUGAUCUCCAUCCAUCCAUUAGCGCUGGGCAUUGUUAAGAAGCUCAGGAUUUGAUUCGAUUUUGACUCUUUAGGUUGCAAUUAGAUUUGAUUCAAGGUUGAUUUAAAUACUCCGAUGUCAAUUCUGUAAGAAGGAGAAACACACAGAUAAGAGUCAAUUUUGACAAUUUUAAAUGUUUUUAUAUGCCAUGUAAAAAUAUGUAAUAUGUAGGGUUGGGAAUCGAGAACCGAUUGGAAAUGGGACUAUCAUUCCGGUUCUCCUGGAAUCGUUUAAAUAAAAAAAUCUUGGUUCGCAGUUUUGAUACCUACAGUCUGCCGACCCCGAAGAAGUCGCGAAAACCAACGAAGAAGCGUCGAAAACCAACAAAGAAGAAUGAGCACGAUGACGUGCUUGUGCUCAGCGACGAACAAAAGAGGCUUUCACGAUGUGGAGAAGCCUGACGUGAGCCUCUGCCUACACUUCAGUCAAGUCAGUGGGGUGAGGCAAACAAUAAAAUACGUCUAUGCCAACAUUGAAGUUGAACGGUGGGUUGCACUCUUACACAGACGGUUUUUAGCGUUCAUUUUAGUCUUCAAAUCAACGUAAAAGCUGAUGACAGACACAUAAAAUAUCAAUUACUUUACCAUACUGGAAAGAAAGUAGAAACAGUUGCAUUACAAGCUUAACAUUAAGCUAAAACUUCAAAGGUCAAACUAGCAACUUUACAUCACAAUGAAUUGGGAAAAAAUUCACAAAAAUGUUGUCUCCGUGUAUCACAAACACUAACCUUGUCUCAUAAGUGGGUAGGUAAAGGAAUCAACGUUUUACAGAGCAUUUGGUUCCAUUCAUUACUCUUUUUCGUUUUACUUUCGUUUUUACCGGUGUCAUGUGAAGUUAUUUUUCGUGCCAAAAUGCUGAGUUCUGGUGCGAACCCUUCAAAAUAAAGGCCACAUGCUUGGAACAGGAAGUGAAGUUAAAACUUGCACAUAUAAACCAUUUGAUGUGAUAAAACAAUCGCAAAUAACUAUUUUAACAAUGCUAGAUUUAACUUUUAGCUAAAACAAUAAUUCAUGAAUAUUAAGUCAAUUUGGGAUAGUUCCACACACUUUGCAUUGUAUUUCAUAGGUUUGAUAUGGAUGCUGGUUUUAAAGAAUCCCGAGUCAAAUGUUCAUUUAAGUUCAUACUGCGGGCUGCUAACAAAAUGGAUGUUCAUAUUUUGGUCACCCUUUAUUUAAACCAUGCAAACUUUUUUGACCCAGCCCCCAAAAAGAAUCGGAAUAGAGAAUCGUUCCUCGAAAUGAGGAACCAGAAUCGGCACCGGAAUCGCUCAAGUUCAAACGAUGCCCAACCCUAGAUAUGUCACGUCACAUUUCUUAAGAAAUAAAACAACUGAAAAUACAAAUUUGCAGCUAACUUAUUUGUGCAGAUGGAGUACAAAAGUAAAAAACAUGACAGUUGUGUACAAACACUGAAAAGUGCAUGUAAAUAUAAAUAAUUUCCACUUGAAAAUUGUAAUAAAAAAAUGUGCACAAUAACUUAUUUGUGCAUAUGUAGUACAAAAGUUCAUACAUGACGAUAGCUCUGAAUUGAAAAAGUAAAGUGCCUCUAUAUUUUCAACAAUAUUUCUUGACUAAUUAGGAUUAGUGUUAAGGCAUCUUCAUACUCGUGCGGCCGGCGACCGCGCUGAUGUCACUGCGGCUAUCCCUCGCACAGUUUGCCUUUAUACUCAAGCACAACCCACACGCGCUGUUUUGAAAAUGUGCUGCAGUUCUCCUCCAAGUCGGGGGUGUCGCUAGCUGGUCUUGGCUAGGACACCACAGGGUGGAGUUUCCUCUGCAUUUUAUGGCCAAUUCCGGUAGUAGUUUCCUCUUUCGUUGGCACUCCAACACCACUAAACCUACCGCCACGGAAAUUUCACGCCAGGAGUUCGCUGACAUUUGUGCAUCUUUGUAAUUUUUUAGUGGUAGCAUCAUAAAGAUGCACAUAUUUCUGCACCUCCUCGCACAGCCUCUCCUCAAUCUGUUCAAUUCUGUCCCUGUGUGGCUUCUGUGCCGGGCUCUUGUCUGCUGAACGAAUUCCCACUCAUUAGAAAUGAAAUGAGAAGUGAUGGUAGUUACGUACGUAGGGGUCAGUUGUUCUGAAGUCCAACCAUAAGAUGUAAGAGCCACUCUUUGUGUCGAAUGUAACGACUCCAAAACCGCUGUCUGAACUCUGUGUGAAGUUUUGGGACGGUGACUUCUAACAUGUUUUCGUGUUGGUAUUGCGUAUCGUGGUUCGAGUGUCUUUUGCCCAUUUCAUGUGUUCCGGAUUCCAAAAAAGGUGGGCACUCUGAGCUUCUGUGGGGCAAUAAGUAUGCCCACUCCUGUUCGAUGCCUCUCGAUGCUCGAUGAGUGGAAAAGAGCCCAACUCCUCUCAAGAGGACUGGUACCAGAGCCCAAGCAGUGUGACGAGGCGAGCCCGAUUACAUCUGGUCGGAACCUCUCGACCUUGCACACCAGCUCAGGCUCCUUCCCCGUCUAAGAGGUGACAUUCCACGUCCCAAGAGCCAGCUUCUGUAGCAGGGGGUCGCGGACCUCUGGCCACCACCCAGCUCUCUGUGCACCCGUCUACCUCGGCCCCUCCCACAGGUGAUGAGACCUUGGGAAGGUGGACUCACGUUGCCUCUUCGGCCUGUGCCCGGCCGGGCCCCAUGAAUGCAAGUCCAGCCACCAGGCGCCUGCCAUCGAGCUCCACCCUCCAGGCCUGGCUCCAGAGGGGGGCCCUGGUGACCCGCGUCCGGGCGAGGGAAAACGUGAUCAUCAUAGUAGGUUUAGAGCAAUGCUUUUUCUGGUCCCUCAUCUAGGACCUGUUUGCCAUGGGAAACCCUGCCAGGGGUGUAAAGCACCAUACAGCUUAGCUCCUAGGAUCAUUGGGACACACAAACCCCUCCACCACGAUGAGGUGGGGGUUUUGGUGUCAUGAUGUCAAAAAGUGAACAGCAUGAUGAAAACGACUGUUUAAGUACCAAUUGUAAUUAGGAAAUGUAUUCACCCAAAAGCCAAAUAUCCCUAACUUUUUGUGAGUCGUACCAACUAGUAGUAGUACCAACAGGCCAGUCAGUACAUUAGGAACACUUAAUCUAAUGAGAUUCAAUACAAGAGAGGCAAGUCAACAAUGCUCAGUUUUGAUAGUCAGCAAGGUAUUGAUUUAACACUGUUUAGCGUUGUGGGUGUACACCUCAAUAUGCUGUAUCGGAGUGCUUAUCACCUCUUCCUUUGGGUGAUGACAGGAAGGAGUUUGGCCUCGAUAGCUUCAUUUCCCCCACACUGCUAAGCAACAUGAGGGAGAAGGACCUGAGGAAAGCCAUCACCUACCACCUCAAAAAGAUCCAGGCUCUGUUAGAGCCACGCCAGAAGGUAAUAUCUGCUUCCCAGGCUCGGCUGGCCUACCUCACUCAGCUGGGAGAGCUUGUUUCUUAUGGGGGAAGAUCCUACUCAGCUACAAUGAUGCUUCAAGAAAGGGAGGUGUCAGUCAGCCUCUUGGUGGGAGCCAAGUAUGGCAUGAGUCAGGUCAUCAACCACAAGCUCAAUGUAAUCUCUACAUUGGUUGACUUCAGCAGCAUCAGCCGCGUGGAGUUGCUUUCCGAGUCGGACAAAGUCAGUCUACUGCGCAUCUCACUGCAUGACAUGAAGCCGUUUGCCUUACUGAUGGACUCUCUGGCAGCCAAAGACCUAGCAUGUCUGCUGGGAGGGUACUGCAAACUCCUGGUGGAUCCGAGUCUCAAUAUCUUCCGAAUGGGGCGCCCCAAAGUGAGGGUGCACCGCAUUGCUGCUGAAGAAGGUGUGUGUGGGAAGUUCACCGCGGUAGAGGGCGAGUUCUAUGAAUCCCUAUCAAGUUAUGUGUCUCGCUGUUGUAGUGACUCAGAUGAAUCAACAGAUGAGGAUGACCCAAUGGACUCUCAGAAUUACAAACACCAUGACCCAGCAAGUCAGGACUGGGAGGGAAGACGGAGGGAGGAGGGAGGAAAGAGGAAAGAGGAGGAGAGACAAGAGAGGGAGGAGGACAAAUGCAAACAGGAAGUGCAGAUAAUAGUGACAACAGAAGGUAAAGAAUAUGGGGGUGAAGAGGAACGAGGUGCUACAGAAAGCAGACUGCGUAAAGUGAUGACUGAGGAACGGAAUCCGGAGACCACCUGGUACCACACGGAUUUACGGGUGACCAGCAGCUUUUCUAGCUUGUCUAGCAGCUCUUUGAGCGCUGCCCUAGAGGAGAGCAGUACUGCUCUCCCUCGUCUAGAUGCGUCAUACACGAGAGAGAAUACCCAAACUUUGGAUGUUCAUCAACCCUUCCUUCUGGAACCAGAACGCCUCCAAGGCCCGUCAAGACCGACUAAUCUCAAUUACAGAGUCAAUGACAACUCUUGUCUUUGUUUUGCUGAACUAUCUAGAGCUGAUUUCCUCUCAAGCCCGUCGGGGGCUGCUAGUGAUGAUGAUGAGGAGGAGGAGGAGGAAGAACAGGGAAGGGAGGUAGUAAGACGCAUUUCUAAGAUCCCAAGUUCAAGAGAUUUAAGAAUGAUUGACAGCACACCUUUCGAAAGUGCGCCCAUUCGAAAAAAGAAAACCCCUCCCAAAGUCCCAGUACGAACCAGUUCCAUUCCAGGCCACAAAGCAGGACCAGCUGAGCAGCGCCUCUCCAAGGAUGAAGAGUCUCUUUUCCAAACUCCUUCCCCAAAUCCCAAACCAGCUCUUUUGGUCAAAGACAAUGUGUCAGAGUCUGAAGACGAGUUUUUUGAUGCACAGGAGAGAUUCACUCCACCAGUUCCAGAUCUCUCAGACGAAGAGCUGGCGGAUCAGCGGAAUGCUAAUCGGUUGAGUGGAACAUGGAAUUCACUUCCAGCUGCUUCGGGAAAAGUACCAGCCUCACCCCUUUCCAAUAAAGUGCAAACUGCUAGAAACAAGAAAGAAGUGGAGGAGCUCAAACGUCCCACAAAUACAGUUAAUAACCUUGUUAGUAAACUAUAUUCUGCAGAGAAAACUGAUUUUAAGGUUAAACCACCAUUGGCCCCUAAACCCCAGCUGCCUCCAAAACCUCAGAUUGUUCCUCCUAAGUCUCCAAAGCAUGGGAAAUCAUAUCCCCACUGCAACGGGGAUGCCUCUGGAUGUCUGUCUUCUGACCUCUUGGAAAUGGAGCCGGACACUAUGGAAUUCAAGUCGGUCACAUAUGGUACAGGAGGGUUGCCUCUGUCGAAGCCACUCAUCACGGCAGUGCGACGCAACAAACAACCAUUACCAGUCACAUCACUACACACGAGGGAGGAACAGGCAAAUAGGACACAAGAGAAUAGACAAUAUGUCGUUUCCAAAGACAAAACAUACAUUCCUGGAAAAAAGGACCCUUUUGAAGAGACAAAAAGUAAUGGGACUACAGAAAACCCACCAAAUGUACCUGUUAUCCCUCACUCAAAUUCAGGUACGAAGUUAUCUGCUCCCCCUCCAGUACCACCAAAACCCACUUCUCCAAAAAUUCUCCAUCCUUUAUCAUUAGCUUCUAGCUCUCCAGUCUCUCCGACAGAUCCAAACAAAAGCAUCCUUAAAGACGUCACAAAUCCAACAAACGGUAUACACCCCUGGAGCAGCCGCAAUGGCAGUGUCCAGUCAGGACCAAGGAGGGUCUCUGUUAGCCACGAGAGCCUGUCACCCAAAAAUGCAGAUGCAUCAAUUGCCACCUCCCUCACUCUAAGCAGCUCCAAAGAUGUUAUUGGCCACGAUAGUAGAGAACAACGAAGAUCUGGGUCUGGCUCAGAUCUUAGGAGUAGCUCUUCCAGCAUUGGAGGAAGACUAUCUGCCUCUGUUCUUAGGGGAAAGAUCCAAGCGCUUCCCUGGUACAUGACCCGCUCACAAGAGAUUUUGGGGACUCUGGACUACCCCUCUACUAGCUCAAUCAAUGGCGAUACAUCUGGGUUUGGUUCAGGUUUGUCUGUAGCAAGUGGGCUGUCUGAUACGAACAAGACCCCUGUGAAAGAUAACGAAACAGUAGCCUCAAAAACAGGCAGGAGAGGCAAUGUUUUUGAGGAUGGAGCUGAGGUUGUCAUAGCUACCAUUAAGGAAGCAGAGGACGUGAGCUCAUACUUGAGAAAGGUCAAUGGGAUAAAUGGGUCACAUCCAAAUCUUAAUUUUGCAAGCAACAGUGCACACAAUGUUUCAUCAGAGCAGCCUCAAUCACGGACCCACUCAGCAGUGGGAAUGGGAGGCAUAUCCAACAUGCAGAUUGGGGGAGACUCGCCAACGUCUUCCCUCGGAGACAGCACCCCUCCACAGCAGCGUGAGGCUUGUGGCUGCCGUACCGUUUACGCCAACUGUUUCAGCGGCGAUAACGAGGACGGCAUCAGCUUCGACGAGGAGCUGACUGUCUAUGAGUUCUCCCGCCGCACGCGUCCCAAAACAACACGACCGCCUCCUGUCCCUUCACCCACCAUACCCCCCCCAAAUCCCAAUAUCCUGUCACUGCUGAAAGACAACCCUCGUCCACUCUCCACUUUCUCCACUGCCUCCUCUGAACUCAGUCCCUUGGUUUCAUGUCCUGUGUCUCCGACAACCUCACUCCGGGGUCCCCUUCAUUCCCUCACCAACAAGAACUACGGUGGCCUGAAAGGAGGUUUUGCCUCCCUGCGACAAGAUAUAGAUCAGCUUUUGCUGGUCUUGGAGCGGACGCUACCUGAACAGAUGCAAACAAACAUCCUUUCAAAGCAGGAUGGUGCCGGACCCGAUCCCAAUCACAAUAGGAGUGAAGGCAACACUACGCUAACAGCAUGUUGUACGGGAUGCAGUCCUGCCAGUAUGACAGAGGCUGAGAGGAGUUUUCUCCAAGCAGAGGCUCGACGAGUCGCAUCCGGGUGUCAGCGGGCCACACGUGUAGGCUGGGCUCCCGAUGAAGCCCUGCGGUCUUUAUCAAACAGUUUUGGUGCGUUGGUUCAGCUAUCGGCAGCAUGCAUGCGAACCAGUCCAUGCGCUAGCUGUGACAGCUGCCAUAACGCAAGCGUGGACGACGACAGCCAGGAGCCUAUGGACAAGUUGAAAGAGAUUGUGGGUCUGUACCGAGAAUUUGUUGGGGCUGUUGAGACAGCUGGAACUAGUGCUGCGUGCAAGAGUGUGGGCCUCACUGGGUCUGGACAGAGCCAAGGAGAAGGUGAUGGUGUGAGGCUGCUCGCCAAACGAUGCACUGUACUCAUCUCAUCUGUGUUCGCGCUCACACAGCUCUUCCGGACACCCACAUUAGACUCCGCUGAUACUCCUUGUGGUGUACCCCUCAACUUUUAACCUUCUAACCUGCCAGACUGUUAAGACACUGAAUUUAGAGCUGCGAGAGCUAUAGACCCUUUGUUCUUGUACAGUAAGUGCCAUGCACAUGCACACCACACAUCUCCACAUGAAAAUACAUAAAGCCCACAAAACCCUGAAUGAGGAGAGGAAACUUUGCCUGCCCUCUGUGGAUGCAUAUGGACUAUGCAUUUGUACAUAUGAGUUUUAUAACUCUUAUAUUUCUCUUAUUUUAUUACAACCUGUGUAUGUAUGCAAGGAUGAAUUGCCCAUUUAUGUAUUUAUGUAUUUAUUUUUUACAGUAUUUGCACCGUGGUCUAUGAUGUUCAGGUCUCUGGUGGUUAACAAAUCUGAAACUAUGGCUGUCACUGGAUUUUUUAAUGUUACCUUAUAUUUAAAACAGUAUUAUAUUAACUUGGAUUCUUUCACUCCAUAAGGUGUAAUCUGUAAAUUGUCUUUUUUUUUUUUUUAAUUAUAACACAGUCCAUUUUACUACGAACAAUCACAAACGCACAAAAAUGAACCAAUUUGUUUACUAUGUGCAAAUUUGCACCUUUUUAAAGAUUUUGUUUUUCCAUCAUAACAGUAACAUAAAACUCUGAUUAGAUAGAACCAUGACAAAUCAGGGAGAGUACUUCUGACUGUUACAGAUUGCACCUUUUUUUUAUAAGACUCAUAACCUUUCCUUGUCCUUACGGAGCAUCUUUGAAACACUCCUAUCAUUCAAACAUUAUGCAGUAUAAUGAUGUAGUUUUCAUUCAAAGGACAGCAUAUACAUAUAUUUAGACAGCAUAUAUUUUCUGAAAAUGUGAGAGUAAGGACCAUGGCGUAAAACAUUUUUUCAAAACAACAAAUAUUAUAUUUUUGCGAGUCAGAAAAGUGACUGUUGACACUGUUUUAAUGUAGCAAUGAUCAAAAGUCUUAAAACAUCCACAACUGUCUCCCUGAUGCAUUCCUUUCUGGGUAAACACUUUAGUGAGAAAUGCUGUACACCAAGGUAAAAAAUUUACCUUUUUAUGUCUUUUUAUGUCACUAUCAUUUAUGGCUAUGCAAACUCCUCAUCUCUCUUUACUUUUUGUUUUGUUGUGCCAACAUCAAAAACAACAAUAACUGCAUUAUGUUUGUCUGAAAAUAAUGGGUGAUUUCUUUGUUUGAAAUUUUGGCCUGUGUCUCAAUUCUAAAGAACUUAGCUGCAUUUUGACUUGCAACAUUCGGCAAAGUUGCAUGACAUUAGAAUUUGUCAGUAUAAAGACUUCAUACUGAUGUCUGUGAGUUGUCAGUGUUCACUUUAUCUGCUUGUUUACACCACAUGGGAAGUAGAGAAUAACAUCUGCUUAUACAAAUGGGGAAAAGCAAAACUACGUUGGCGAGGAUGUAUUCUUAUGGUGAAAGGCCAUGUUUAAAAAGUCACCACUCUGUAGAAGCCUACAUCUGCGCACCAAUAUCUGGACGUAGAGUAGAACUCAUAACGUACUGCUGUUGCAUUUAACAGGCUCAAGUAAAAAACUAGUGCCUGUGUCACCUCAUUGUUUGUUAUCCUUCUGGGAUACGGUUGUACAUUUCAUCCGCAGUCAUGUCUCUGUACCCACGAUUCUGCAGAUGUACUCAGAAAUGUAUUUGUUUGGGAAUAAAUGACACAACCUUUAACACUCAGGAGGCUUGGGAUUGAUAUC